GCUCGGCCCCGAGCGGCGGUCGUACACAGUAACGCGUGGCCGCGGCUCCGCCCCCGCCCCUCCACCCGAAGGAAGAGUCCUCAGCUGCCGCUAACUGAACUGCGGAACCACAGCAGAGAUACAGUGCGCUGCUCGUCGUGUUUUUUUUUUUUUUUUUUUUUAGAUGGAAGUUGAUGUUUAGCGGUUUCCCGAAGGCCUCCCAUGUCGAGCAGGAGCUUCUGGACUGCAGCUAAGAUCGCUAACGAAAGCAACCACAAGUUGUUAGUUAAGUUAGUACUAGCUAGUUUUGUCGUUGAUGCUACCGCUAACUAAGUUAGCUAGUCUCUGUAGUAUUCGACGUCAGUUUCAAAACAGAGCCCGCAAAUCCGGGAAAAUCAGACCCAGCUGUCACCCCCAGAAUAGCUUGUUGCCAGACAAGCUAGCUCGGUUCUGGUCUGUCAGUGACCUAAGAGAUAUUAACGCCAUAUAGACGUUGUUUUGUACCCUCCGUUAAUGGCCAAUUAACGUUAUUUUGCCGACGUUAAGUGUAAGUUGAAGAAGCUCUCUGGAAACGCGUUUUAACUACAACUAAUCCAGCAGCUAGCGUCAAGCUACGCGGGUCAGCUGAUACGAUCAGAUUCAACUUUUCUUUAAAACUUGGAGUUAAAUGUCCGAGAAGAGUUCAUCGUCCGGUUCGGAUGAGGAUGUGGACCCGGAAUCCGGGCAGCCCCUGGAGCUUGGAGGCGUCCUAAGCAAGUGGACAAAUUACAUACACGGGUGGCAGGACCGAUGGGUUGUGUUGAAAAACAAUACUUUGAGUUACUACAAGUCGGAGGAUGAGCGGGAGUACGGCUGCAGGGGCUCUCUGUGCCUCAGUAAGGCUGUCAUCACACCUCAUGAGUUUGACGAGUGUCGUUUCGAUGUCAGCGUGAACGACAGCGUCUGGUACCUCAGAGCCGAAGAUCCCGAGCACAGGCUCCAGUGGAUUGAGUCGAUAGAACUACAUAAGGCUGAGUCCGGUUACGGUUCAGAAACGAGUCUGAGGCGUCAUGGUUCCAUGUUGUCGCUCACCUCAGCAGCUAGUGCCUUGUCUUCCACGUCCACAUCCUCCUUUAAGAAGGGGCACAGGUUGCGUGAAAAACUUGCAGAAAUGGAAACUUUCCGGGAUAUCCUGUGCAGACAAGUGGACACCCUGCAGAAGUACUUUGACUCUUGUGCCGAUGCCGUUUCCAAAGAUGAAUUUCAGAGAGACAGAGUAGUAGAGGACGAUGACGAUGACUUCCCUACCUCUGCGAGACCCGACGGCGAAUAUAAUCACAACAAUAAUGGCAGCAAAGAGAAAUUGUUUUCGCCUGCCAAUCCUAAAGGUAUUAAUGGGAUCGACUUUAAGGGUGAAGCCAUCACUUUCAAAGCCACCACAGCAGGCAUCCUGUCCACCUUGUCCCACUGCAUCGAGCUGAUGGUGAAACGAGAGGACAGCUGGCAGAAGAGACUGGACAAGGAGCUGGAGAAGAGGAGGAAGGUAGAAGAUGCCUACAGGUCUGCUUUGAGUGAACUGAAGAAAAAGUCACACUAUGGAGGCCCAGAUUAUGAGGAGGGACCCAACAGUCUGAUCAAUGAAGAGGAGUUCUUUGAUGCUGUGGAAGCUGCUCUGGACAGACAAGACAAGAUAGAGGAGCAGUGCCAGUCAGAGAAGGUCAGGAAACCUCGACUACCUCUGGCUUCUCCUAGCGACGCCUACUCCACCAUCGGUACACACAGAUUUGCCAACAAGCCCUAUAGCCACUCUUCUUCCUUGUCCUCGAUCGAGCUAAUCAGUGCUUCAGAUGACAUUCACAGAUUCAGCCCUCAGGUGGAGGAAACUGUGCAGAAUCACAUGGCGUACUCUAUCCAGGAGGUGGGGGGAGAUGCCAACUGGCAACUGGUGGUAGAAGAAGGAGAGAUGAAGGUAUACAGGAGAGAAGUGGAGGAGAACGGCAUUGUCCUGGAUCCCCUCAAAGCUACACAUGCUGUCAAGGGGGUAACUGGACAUGAGGUCUGCCACUACUUCUGGGACACUGCAGUCCGAUUGGACUGGGAGACCACCAUUGAAAAUUUCCAUGUUGUGGAAAAGCUCUCUGAUAAUGCCAUCAUUGUUUACCAGACACACAAGAGAGUGUGGCCCGCCUCUCAGAGAGAUGUACUCUAUCUGUCAGCCAUCAGGAUGAUUCCACCAAGAAAUGAAAAUGACCCAGACACAUGGCUGGUCUGCAACUUCUCUGUGGACCACAACGAUGCCCCUCCCACAAACCGGUGUGUUCGUGCCAAAAUCAAUGUUGCCAUGAUCUGCCAAACGCUGGUCAGCCCACCAGAGGGUGAUAAAGAAAUAAGCAGAGACAACAUCAUGUGUAAGAUCAACUAUGUUGCCAAUGUAAACCCAGGAGGCUGGGCUCCAGCAUCAGUACUCAGAGCUGUGGCCAAGAGAGAAUACCCCAAGUUCCUCAAACGUUUCACUUCCUACGUCCAGGAGAAAACUGCUGGGAAGACAAUCCUUUUCUAAAUUCAGACAGGCUUUCAGAGGUGCCAAGGUUGCCUGCUGGUGAGACCACAACGUUGAAGUGACUCUUGAAGCUCAUAUGACCCAUUCACCCGUCACCGCACCAUCAGGACGUGCUGCUUGAAGAUGAAACUGCUUUUGCCUCUAAUGGAUCAGCAGUUAUCAUCUUAUAAUGGGUUGUCACCAUUGUUUGUAAUCUCAAAAGUUUCCUAAGCAGUUUACAAAUUGUUACCGCUAAUUUGCUUUGUUUUGUAAAUUGUUUUGUACAUUUCUUAUGAUUACACAUUUUGUGACUUUUUUGGGGUUUGCUCUAAUCACUAGUAUUACAGCUACUUGUUUUGCUGCUGCUGAAGUAACUACCAUGAAAGAGGAAAGAAAACAGCUGUUUACAGCAAAAGCACUGAUGAAGUGUGGUACACUCCUCUUUCUUGCCUUCUCCUGUCCCUCUUGUGAUGACUCUUUGCAGUUUGAUGGGGGGGCAGAGCCUAAAGCUUUGAAAUCUUUAUAUUUCUAGAUUGUUAUAAAGUAGCUUUCAGAGAGCACCGUGGACACAAUGUAUUGUACAGAGAAAACAGUAAAUUUCAAAUAAUUAUCAAUUGUGAGAAAUGUGAAUUGACUCUUAAAUGCUUGAAUUUGAUGACAGAAAUGGACACAUAUAUAACAUGGGUGAUGAGGAGCAUUUACUAAGUCUGAUUGACUUGUGUUGGACAAUAUUUUCAACUAUCCAGAUGAUGUAGUUAGAUAGAUGCUAAGUUGUGGUCUGUUGUCUUCAUGUGUCUGUCACUGUUCCUGACAGAUAUUUGCAAAGGACUGGCCUGAUCUAGUGUCUGAUAUGAAGAUUCCUCUCUUAACUUGAGAGAUGAGUGGAACCAUUUUGUACCCCCUAUACUUUUUUUCCCUCUAUUUUCAGACCUAUGAGUGUCAGAUUUAUGAAUUACUCCUGCUGCUUUUAAGCAGGAUUGUUGUACAAUGUUGAGUAGGAUAAUCAUUUCAUAACAUGCACCCUUUGUUAUCAGUCAGAUGCUUUACGUUUCACAUGCCACACUACAGUGCAGCAUUUUCCUGCACUUUGAUAAACUACCCCCAGUAUGCCUUAGACACCAGGAUUUCUGGCUUUCUCUGCUGUACAGACACCAGAUGUGCAUUUAUCAACCCUGAAAUCAUACUGGGUGGGGUGGGAGGGAGAGUCAGCAUUUCACAUCAUUUUACCUCAAGAUUUCAAUUUAGACUGUGUUCAAUGCCAUCAAUAGUUGGGAGUUUUGCAAUCUGUAGAUCUGCAUGGUUAGAAGAAAAGGGUUUUGAGGUUAGGAGAGCUCUAGAUAAUCGUUUUUGCUAGAUCUAUGAGCAGCGUGUCAGCUGAAGAAUGCAUUUAGUGUUUUUAAUUUUGAUAUUUUGCCAGUAAUCUACACACUUUGUAUAUUUCUAAGUUGUACAUCAGAAGUGUUAUUUGCACUAAAUGUAUUGCAAUUUGACAAUGUUCUGUAAAUUAAAAUUAAUAUACAAAAAAAAGCCU